AUGACCCCCCGGACACAGGACAUGGCGGGGGACCCCUUCGGCCUGCUCCUGCGCCAGCGCAUCAUCUUCCUGGGCGGCGAGGUCACCGAUUUCGCCGCGGACGCCAUCGUGAGCCAGCUGCUGCUGCUGGACGCGCAGGACGCGACGCGCGACAUCAAGCUCUUCAUCAACUCCCCCGGCGGCUCCGUGACGGCGGGCAUGGGCAUCUACGACGCCAUGCAGCUUUGCCGUGCCGACAUCCAGACCUACUGCUUCGGCCUGGCCGCCUCCAUGGGCGCCUUCCUGCUCUGCACGGGGGCCAAGGGCAAGCGCUACUCCAUGCCCAACGCCCGCAUCAUGAUCCAUCAGCCCCUGGGCGGCGCCAGCGGCCAGGCGGUGGACAUCGAGAUCCAGGCCAAGGAGAUCAUGUACCACAAGGCCAACCUGAACCGCAUCAUGUCGGAUGCCACGGGGCAGCCCAUCGAGACAAUCGAGGAGGACACCGACCGAGAUCGCUACAUGUCUCCCCUGGAGGCCAAGAACUACGGCCUCAUCGACCACAUCGUGGGAGGGGAGGAGGCGGUGUUCAAGAUCGUGGGCAACACCAAGAACUUCCCCAAGACGCGGCGGGAGUACAUCGCGUGGGGCGACGAGGACAACGACGGCUCGCGGUCUGAGCGCUUCCUGCGCCCCGCCGAGCCCUACACCCAGCCCGUAAAAACCAAGGAGUGA